AUGGCACUUCAAGGAAACCUCAGCCACCCCAAACGCUACAUCACCUCCCACAACAGCGACGGAAAGGCGAUCAUUGAUUCGUCCGUCCCCGAGGAAGCACCCUUCUAUGAGCUCCCAGACAAGGUCGCUUCAUUCGCCUCAUGUUAUGUCACCCGAGAAUUCCCUGUGCAACUUGACCAAGGGGCGGAUCUGAAGUCCUACCAGGACUUCCUCAGUAGUCCUCCAGGGCUGACAGUUUCGACGGGCACUGUCCUACGCUACGUCGACAUGAGCCCUGGAACCACUUCUCCUAUGCACCGCACCGUGAGCCUCGAUUAUGGGGUUGUUCUGGAGGGAGAGGUUGAGCUCAUUCUGGACUCUGGAGAGACUAGAUUGCUGAAGAGGGGUGAUAUUUGCGUGCAGCGAGGUACUAUGCACGCGUGGAGGAAUACUAGCGACAAAGGCUGGGCUAGAAUGCUCUACGUUCUGCAGCCAUCGACACCAAUUACUGUGGAGGGAAAGCAACUUGGUGAGGAUUAUGGUACCAUGCAGGGGGUCAAGGCAUCAAAAUGA